CUCACUCACUAUAUCUCGUCACCUCCACUCCUAGCCCACAGCAUACGCCCCCCUACGAGUGUAUAAAUAUACUUGCCGUACAAUUACUCACCACAUCUCGUCACCUCCGCUCUUAGCGUACACAACAUACGCCGCGGCUUAUCAACACAGACUCACCACAAUGGCCCUGCCUCCGCCGUACCAGGAGCUGCCGCCUCCGCCCACCACUGCCAACGAGCGCCCUACCAAACGCCAGCAGGUCGUCUCGCAGAUCCAGAACCAGCUCACGGAACUGGUGGCUGAGAACGAGCGGCUGGAGGGUCAGCUCAAGAAUCAACACUGUGAUCUGGUGGCUGAGAAUCAGACGCUGAAGGAUCAGUUGCAGGGCCAGCAUGAUGAUCUCGUCGCUGAGAACGAGACGCUGAAGAGGCGGCUCCAAGAGCAGCACGCGGAUUUGGUUACUGAGAACCAAACACUGAAGACUCAGCUGAAAAACCAAGACGAACUCACCUCCAAACUCAGCUGGCUUGAGGAGACGGACGAAGAGCACCGCAGCAUCACCGACAGUUUCCGCCAGCUCGCCGCCGCGUACCACAGAAACGGCACCUCCGGGCCCGGAUUCUACGUCCAACGCACGAGAGGCACUUUCUGCUCGCGCCCUUGCUACUCGUCGCGAGAACGAAGGCUUGAGGAGACCUGGCUGGUGUGGGCAGACAGACAGUUCGCACUCGCGAAGGAAGCGCAGGUGGGGGAGUGGAAGGACAAAGUGGCCUCGCUUGCUGCCGCCGAGGCCACGGCCGCGGGACUGAGGAGCAGGGUGGAAGAGCUGGAGACGCGGGGCCGCGCGAGGGAGAAGGCGGAGACGCAGUGUCGGCGGGCGGUGGGCCGGCUGCAUGGGCUGCUGCGGAGACGGCGGCUUCAGUCUCGGACUCAGUCUCGGACUGGGACUGGGACUCAGUCGCAGACUCAAGGUCGGCCUCAAGGUCAGCCUCAAGUCCAGGUUCAAGUCCAGGUUCAGAACCCCUCCACCCCCGCCGAUGCGAAAUCAACGCAACCCCCAAAGAGCAGCAGAGAAGCAGCACCCGCAGACCCGACCGAAACCGAUGAAGAGCCUGUGGCGAAGCGGCGCAGGACCGGUGUGGGUAUAUUUCACGCGAUGAAGCGGAUCCGUUCUGUGCGGCGAGAUGUGCAGAACGGCAAAGGUGAUGGCGACGACGAAGAGGACAGCGACGACGACAGUGACGAAAGUGACGACGACAGCGAUGACAGCAGCGACGGGGACAGUAUUGCCAGUUGUUUCAACAAGCCUGAUGGGGAGUACAGCGGCAGCGACACCAGCAACGACUCUAGCAACGACACCAGCAACGACGCCAGCAGCGUAACCAGCAGACAGGUCCGUAAACCCACUGCCAGAACGCACAACACCACCCCCAGCAACACGGCCAGCACCACCGCUAACGAAGACACCAGCGCCGGUACCAGCGCCGCCACCAGCAGCGCCCCGGCGCGACGUAGGUCGCAGCGUCUCGCGGCGCCGGAGUAUCAGUCAGUGCGGCGUCGUGCGCUCGACUGCGGGCCCUGGGCUAUGUGCGAAUCUACUGUGGCGAUGAAACUGGUGCGUGGCAUCGGCUCAGGUCGAUGAUGGAUACGGUUGCUUGAGACUGGUUGACUGGCUGGUCGGCUUUGGAAAAUGCUGGUAGUGCAUAUGACACGG